AUGACCGAUUACACGAGAUUAACAGUGCCGCAAUUAAAGACUCUAUUGACUGAAAAAGGGUUGUCCGUCGAAGGAUUAAAGAAAGACUUGGUUGAUAGGAUAACCAAAUAUGAUUCUGAAAACAGCAAUAAUGAGGCAACCGCAACAACACCCGUGACAACAGAGGAAGCUAAAGAAUCUGCAACUAAAAAUACCCCUAUUGAUGAUCUGCCAGUCACUACCACGACCAGCACGGAAAUUGACCCCUCAGCAACAACUGUUGAAGCAGCUGAACUAGCCUCCACAGAUGCAACCCAUACUACUAACACUACUACAGUUGUGGCUGCAGAUACCACGGAAACUAAACAAGCUAAAGAAGUACUUGUAUCAUCAACAGAACUACCUACAAGUGAGAAUACAGUUAUAGGAACUGAGGCCACCGCCGUCGCUGCUGCCGUCACUACUACAACUACUACAAGUACCACUACGGUAGGGGUUGAGGAAGCAUCAAAAAAGGAAGGAACAAAACCUGCGUUGACCCAAGAAGAAAUAAAGAAAAUGGCUCUUGAUUUGUUGAAUAAGAAGUUACAUCGUGCCAAGAAAUUCGGUAGUGAUCAAAAUGAAAUAGAUUCAUUUGAGAAAAUGAUUGCUCGUAUUGAAAAAUUCGGGUUGGAUAUGAACACUGCAUUAGCUGAAGAGUUGGGAUUAGCUACCAAGAAGAAAAACAAUAAUAAUAACAACAGUAAGAAUAUGAAAGGUAGGGGUAAGAGUAAAAGCAAAAGUGUUCAAAAAGGUGAAGGAAACAAAAACAAAAACAGAGGUGGUAGAAAUAAUAGAAGGAGAUAA